CAACAGUCCACAAUUCACCUUCACCAUGUCGGACUCCAAGAAAGCUGCCAUUCCGUCAUGGCAACAGUCUCAAAACCAACCACCUAAGGAAAACCAGCAAGAAACCCAGCAAGACACACCCUCCGAAUCCACACCGUCAACCGACACUCAAACUCCUGACCAGCCCCGGUCUACUCUUCUCGAGCAAGCUUCCAAAUUUCUCGAGGAUGAAUCCAUUCGUGAUGCGCCUACCGACAAGAAAAUCAGCUUUUUAGAGUCCAAGGGUCUCAAGGGUCCAGAGAUCGACAGUCUACUGGGCGUGUCGCGCAACUCCGAAGCGACGGCCCCGUCGGAGCCUACCUCAUCCCAGCCGACUGCUUCAUCCCAACCCACUACCAGCACCAGUAGUACCACCACCAGCACCACCAAUACAGACACCCGCUCCGUUCCCCCAAUCAUCACAUACCCCGAAUUCCUCGUCCAGCAAUCCAAGCCCCCACCGCUAGUCACCCUCCAAAGCAUCCUCUACACCAUCUACGGCGCCGCCGGUCUCGGCGCAACCUUUUAUGGCGCGAGCGAAUUCCUCGUCAAGCCAAUGCUCGCGCAAUUAACCUCCGCGCGACACGAUCUCGCCGAUACCACCACUUCAAACCUGCAGAAACUCAACGAAAAGCUCGAAAAGACCGUCUCCGUCAUCCCGCCCCAGCUCACCGCGCGCUCCCUAACCAAUACCAACAACGACAACAAAGACGAAGAAGACACCGAGUCCAUCACCUCGGACCCAACAGAGCUCUUCCACCGCGACGUCGCAACCCAAACCUCCCCCGGGGAAGUACCCAGCAAAGAAGGCCUCUGGACGGCCGACUCCGACUCCGACGCUCCAAACACAGCAGACCAAGACCAACCCUCCGCAGCAGCAGCAGCGGUCAACAACCACCUCACCCGUCUAGAAAGCAUGCGCAGCAGUCUGCAAGAAAUCACCACGACAGACCAAGACUCCACAACCGCCGAAGACGACGUCCGGUCUAGCCUCAACGACCUCCAGCACUACCUCGACGGACUGCUUUACUCGAAGCAGUCGUAUGGGUCUGUCUCGGGCUAUGGGGUUUACGGCUCUGCGGGGGGUGGUUUUGAUGCGAAUGCCACGUCGACGGGGAUUGGCAAGGCCGAGGAGGAUGCCAUUACGGGCUUUCGGGCGGAGAUUAGGGGGGUGAAGGGGGCUUUGUUGAGUGCGAGGAAUUUUCCUGCUGGGGGGAGGGCGAGGGUGAGAUAA